AUGGCAGGGUCUGGAGGUGGUGAGCUAAGAGCAUCGAUCUUCAAUGAACUUGUUGAGAAAGGGAUAGAAAGCUCAUAUUCGAAGGGAGCUGAUGAAUCUGAUGCGAAGAAGAAAGAAAAAGAAGAAUCGAGUGGUGCUGGGAAGAUGAUUCUCACAGAGAUCCUAAUGAAAGAUGCUAAGGCUUUGGGCCUGAUUCAGGGAGCAGUUUCUGAUGAGAUCUUCCCUAGGAUUUCCCAUGAAGAAUCGUCUAAAGGAGCUUGGAAUAUCUUGAAGCAGGAAUUUCAUGGUGAUAAGCAAGUAAGGAGUGUCAAGUUACAAAGUCUCCGUAGAGAAUUUGAAUAUACUAGAAUGAGAGAGGAUGAAUCAUUAUCUGCUUAUCUUACAAAGAUGUUUGAUCUAAUAAAUCAAAUGAGAGGCUAUGGAGAAGAGUUGUCUAGAGAAAGAAUUGUGCAGAAAAUGUUAAUUAGUCUGCUGCCUGUGUAUGAUCCUAUAUGUUUUGUAAUUGAGCAUUCGAGGGAUCUAGAUGCGAUUGAGGUUCAAGAGGUGGUUGCCUCAUUGAAGAGCUUUGCACAAAGAUUGGAGAGACAUCAUGAGAACAAGACUGAAAAAGCUUUUGCUAGUCUAAGUGUAGAUUCCAAAACAACUAAGGUCACUGGAAAUCAGAAUAGCAAGCAUCAGAAGAAUUGGAAGGAUAAGGGUAAAAAGUGGGAUAACAAACCCACUGAUGGAACUAAAAAUUCUUGCAAACAUUGUGGGAAAUUUCAUUUUGGAGAGUGUCGAUUCAAGGGAAAACCAAAAUGCUAUAAUUGUGACAAGUUUGGUCACAUUGCAAAAGACUGUUAUAGUAAGAAACCGGUGCAACAACUCCAUUAUGCUACUCAGGUAACCUCUACACCAACUAUGUUCUAUGUCAAUAAUGCAGCUGACAAAAGGUCCAUGGAAGAUGUAUGGUAUUUGGACAGUGGUUGUAGUAACCAUAUGAUUGGCAAAGAAGAUGUCUUUAUUGAUAUUGAUAGAAGCAUAAUUGCAAAAGUUGCAAUGGGGACAGAACAGUUGGUCGAUGUUAUUGGAAAAGGAAGCUUGAUGGUUGAAACUAAGAUGGGAAAAAAAUAUAUUAAGGAGGUGCUGCUAGUAUCUGGUCUCAAGGAAAACUUACUCAGUGUUGGACAGAUGAUGGAGCAUGGAUAUUUCCUAAUUUUUAGAGAUAACAAGGCAGAAAUUUAUGAUGAUUGCUCACUCUCUAAUCUGGUGGCUAGGGAAGUCUUUUCCAAAAGAGGAACAAGUAGGGCCACAACUCCACUGGAAUUGGUACACACUGAUGUGUGUGGACCAAUGCAAACUGUUACAAAAGCAGGAAACAAGUAUUUUCUUACCUUCAUAGAUGAUUGUACUCAAAUGUGCUGGAUCUAUUUCCUGAUAUACAAAUCUGAGGUAUUCAAUGUGUUUAAGAAGUUUAAGGCUACUGUUGAAUUGCAAAGUGGAUAUGAGCUUAAGAAAUUGAGAAGUGACAGAGGAGGAGAGUAUACCUCUAAUGAAUUUAACCAAUUAUGUGAUGAAAUGGGGAUGGAAAGGCAACUUACAGUGGCAUAUUCAUCACAGCAGAAUGGUGUGGUAGAGAGAAAGAAUAGGACGAUAGUGGAGAUGGCUAAGUGCAUGAUAUUUGAGAAGACCUAUAGUGGAAGAAAGCCAGGAAUUAAACACUUAAGAGUGUUUGGUUCUCUGUGUUAUGCACAUGUCCCAAACCAACAAAGGCAGAAACUGGACUUGGCAAGCAAAAGGUGUGUGUUUCUAGGAUAUGGCAGUUGUGAGAAGGGGUAUAGAAUGUACAAUCUUAUCACUGGAAAGGUGAUUAUCUCAAGAGAUGUCGUAUUUAAUGAAGAUGCUAGUUGGGAUUGGAAUGCACAGCAAGAAUGUAGUGUUUCAGUUCCACUCACUGAAAUGGUGCCUGAAAAGGAGAAAGAGAUCAAUGACACACCUGUGAUGCAAGAAGAAAGCUCAGUUGCAAAUGAUGUAUUAUUAGAAGACAGUGAAGAACAAUCUGCAGGAAUUGACAUAUGCUCACAUGAUAUUGAUCACACUCCAUUGAAAUACAAAAGUCUUACAGAGGUAUAUGAGAGAUGCAAUAUAUGUAUCAUUGAACUAGAAACUUUUGAAGAAGCUAUCAAAGAUGCAUCAUGGCAAAAGGCCAUGGAAACUGAACUUGAGAUGAUUGCGAAGAAUGAUACUUGGGAGUUGGUAAAAAGGCUGUCUGAUAAGCCUGUAGUUGGAGUCAAAUGGAUCUAUAAAGUCAAGCUAAAUCUAGAUGGGUGGAAGCUGUUCCAGUUAGAUGUGAAGUCGACAUUCUUAAAUGGAGUGCUACAUGAGGAAGCGUAUGUGGAUCAACCUCCAGGAUUUGUGAUUAAAAACAAGGAAGAUAGAGUUCAUAGACUCAAGAAGGCCUUGUAUGGCCUUAAACAAGCUCCAAGAGCUUGGUAUGAAGAAAUCAACUCAUAUUUCACAACUGCAAGAUUUCAAAGAAGUCCUAGUGAGGCUACAUUAUAUGUGAAAACUGUAGAAAGUGGAAUUCUCAUACUUUCUCUAUAUGCAGAUGAUAUUAUCUACACAUGA